UGAGGGGUCGGCGUAGCAGCAUAGAAGAAUUCAGCUCCGUAGCCUGCCUGCACAUCACGGCAAACCUCGACAUUCCACACGGAGCAAAGAGCGGCCCAGCCCCAGGUGUAGCUGGAAGAGUGAAACUGAAAUUAAAAAGGGAGGAAAACCCGUGACGGGUCCAUUUACAGCCACUCCUGGUAACAAGCUCGAGAGCUCUCCCAAUGCGCAUGGGUAUCAGCUUGUAAAACAUUAAGGAUGUUAGAAUCCGGUUUAACCUUUAGUUCCUGAUUCCUCGGGCUAAAUCGAACCCACAGCUGCGCGAGGACACACGUACACGGAGCUGUUAAGGAUCUGUUCCACGCGGCAGACUGGAUGAGGCUGAAAUAAGAAGACAAAAAUCUUCGAUAAGAAUGAGCGAGGAUCGCGAGAGAGACCCCUCUUUUGAAGAGACGGAGUUUGGGGGUGCAUCUGUGUCCCAGCGGAAGAAGGUCAUUCACUUUGCUAACGGUGACACGCUGGAACAGGACAGCAGUGACGGGGAGGAGGCCACACCCCGAAAGGAGCCCUUCUCUGCCCCAGACAGCACGGCACGGACUUCGUGGAGGGAAUACUCUUGGCGUCUGUGUGUGAAAGCUGGAAAGAAAUCGAUACAAACUUGUGAUUUCAUUGGGGAGAAACUGGCCAAUCUGGCCGGACUGAACAUGGCCAAAUACCAGUAUGCGAUUGAUCAGUUUCACCGUGAUAAGACCGAGGGAUCGAAGGGCCAAGGUACUGGCGAGGCCCCUUGUGUGGAGGAGGGGGCUGAAACGAUCCAGCUCUCCCCCCGGAAGAGUGCAGACUAUGGGGCCACAGAGGCACCGGGAGUCCCUGGUCUGUGGGUCACCUCCAGCAGUGCUGAACACAGCCGCAGGACCACAGGCUCACACAACAAGGGCUACCAGGAAGAUUAACCACAAACAACCGUGUCGCAGGUAAACCUGACAACUGGUGCAGGAGAGGAACCUGCGCUGCUUUUACCUGCUUUUAGAGAGACUGCAGUCACUUCAGCCUGAGCACAACCAGACCUCAUGAUGUCAUAUCCUGCCAUUCAGUCUUGCCAUAGCCCUCUCACACAGCUUACUGAAUGGAACCAGAGCCCAGAUUGAGCAGCUCAGGACUUGGCUUCUCUUUCUUCUUCCUUGGAUCAGUGCUGAUGAGAUUCUCUGAUCUUUACGCUAUUGGCUGAGCUGGAACUCAGUGAGGACACUGAACCAGCCGACUGGCUUGAACAUGAGAGAAUCUGCGAAGCUCUGGUCAAAGCACAAGCCCACACACAAACAGUCAUGACGUCACAGAGAGGAGCUCCACCAAUCACAGAAUAUGUUGGCAGCCACCAACAGAACAUUGCCGAUGGUAAUUGGUGGAUAAUUUCUGGCUACUUCCUGGCUAAUACCCACAGGCUGCUGUCCAAUUCCAGGUUUGUAAGGCAUACCCCAUGCUUUUGGAUUACAGAAAUAAGUACAGUUGUGAUAUUACCUGGCACCUUUCCAUGCAAUGCAAGUAGGAAAAGUUUUCACUUGGUUUAGGGAAAAUAUUUCAUACUCAUACUGAUUCACUGAGCACUUUACUGCAGCUCAAUGUGCUGCUUCCUGUUCCGUGGGUGUGCCUGUGCUGAAAGCGCUCGUAGCGCGAGCUCUCAGUGCCUCCGGCCUUAAUGGCUGGGAAAGCCUCUCAGGAAAAGAGCCGGAUCAUAAGAGAGGCCUUUACACAGCAGUAAAACUACCGGCAGGUUUCAGACCAUCUCAACAGAAAUGUCUAUUUUCAUGAACACUCAAAGCUAAAUUUUUCUUGCAUAUGAUUGUGCAUUUUAGCUAGUAGCAUACUCAGGGAUCGACAGGAGCAUUUUAAAGUUGUUGUAAUAUUUCAAAUAUGUAUUUGACCCCAGUUUGAUAAGAACAACUACUAAUUUAAUCAAUUUUAAUAACCAGUAAUGCAAGAAGUGUCAAAAUCUAAAAGCUUGGACUCAGACAACAGUGCUGUUUUCACUCUGUUGUCUGUAGCACAUUUGUAUGUGUGUGUGUGUGUCUGUUGUUUUGUUUGUUUUAGCCUAAACCUGUUUCCUUAAAUGUGUCUGUAUGUGGUAAUGUGGGGUUGGGUGGGAUUUUGUAGAAUUUUCUGAUGCCCAAGUGUGUUUGCCUGUUGCAUGGAAGCAUUCAAUAUAGUAAGCAUUCUGAGCAAAAUUACAAUAAAGACUAUUUAAAUGAA